AUGGAUCCCGAUCCCUCUCCAUCUCAGCCAGUUGACGGCGAUGCGGACCAAAUCCCUUGCUCCACGGUUGUCACGGAAGAAGAUGGAGUUCGCGACCUGAGGCUGGAUGAUCCGGCUGAUCGUAAAGGCACGGAGGAGCUGGAGAGCAAUGGAUCCAUGCAGAAUGAGUUACGGCAUGAAGGUGACAUGGAGAUCGUGGAAGAAAUACCCCAGCGGGCGCAGGAUUUGGUGGAGGAGACGGUGUUGGCUAGCUCCGAAGAAGUUUUGGGGGAUUCUUCUCGCGGGGCCCUCGUCUGGAGGGAGAGCUCGGAUAGGGAUGGAGAGGAACCUCCCAGUCCUAGCAGCAGCGGGUACGCUGGGGAGAGAGGCAGCAGCGUGGGCUCAAGCGAAAACGACGACAUUGGAGAUGUAGAGAACGGCUUCUCUGGGCAGGGAAAUCCCAUUGAUGGUAUCGCGUGGGGUACGGGGAGAAAGCAUAUCGGCGAGGUGCGUCCCCCAGAAAUUUGUUUAGAUACCUCCCCUCUUCAAAUAAAGGGUACAAAGCUGCAGAAUAGCGGUUGUCUCGAGAAAUCCAACGCAUGCAACUCUAAAUUGAUUUCACAUUUGUCACUUUUUUUUCGUAAUUUGACCAUAGAAUUUCUUCCCAUCUCACUGGGAGAUAUUCCAGAAAGAUAUCUCUCAGUAUCUUCGAUGCUGAUAAUGGCAAUUGCACGCAUGGAACGCCAUUUUUUGGCAGUUCCCUCAAACUAUUUACCGAAGUAAUUGCAUUUAUUCGAACAUUAGAACGUUAUUGAACGCUCUUCAGACAAGCUAUGAUUGUUUUCUUCACCAGUGCCAGUUAUUCGUCGUACCUAGGAACAUAUGGACUCAGAAACAUCUGUGUAGCUUUUUCUUCCAAUUCUGGAACACAUUUUUCUAAAAAAAGUAUCCAUCAUUAAUUCGUUGGUUUUUUGGUGGUGUUGUAAUGACAUGAAGUUGGUUUUCAUGAUGCUGUGCAGGAUGAAGCCUCAGUUUCAUGGAGAAAGCGGAAAAAACACUUCUUUGUUUUGAGCCACUCUGGAAAGCCCAUAUACUCUAGGUUUACUUCUGGCUAAGUGCUGGUCGUUUUGGACAGCUGUUAUUUCUCAAUGCAAGAUGCGGCAGUUUUUAUUUAUGAGAUACCUGAUGCAUUUCUAGGUAUGGGGAUGAACAUAAGCUUGCCGGAUUUUCUGCGACCCUGCAAGCAAUCAUAUCCUUCGUGGAGAACAGGUACAAUGAUUGAGAACGCUAUGAGCUUCUUCUAGUUGAAAUUUGAUUGGCUUUGUAUGUCUCAUUACUCUUUCUUGUCGACAUCUUUUCAGUGGAGACUGUGUCCAAUUAGUAAGGGCUGGGAACCAUCAGGUAUGCUUGCAUCUCCUUGUAUUUGCCUGUCAAUGUAUGUUUUUUCCUUUUCGCUCAAAUGUUCACCUGCCGGAACCUUUUUGUUAUAUGAUGAUCUUUCCUUUUCUGUUUUGCCAAAGUUAAGGAACAGAAAGAAAAUAAUAAGAAUUUUUUUUAUCUACUGAAUAAAGCUAAAGUAAAAUUAUAUGUAUUCGAAGUUGAUUUUCUUGGUUAGACCCGCUAAAAGGGGUACUCUGCAUUUGGGCCAUAGGAAAAUUUGAGGUUUUCUGAGAUUUCAAGUACUAUAAGGUUCCUCUCCAUUUAAAUUGCCAAAAGAGUAAUUUGUCCAUUUCAUUUUUGAGGUUUCAAAAAAAGGGUGGUGAAAUACAUAUAAUUCUUGGAUGGAAAUUGAAAAGGGAUGUAGCUACAGUUCCUUGGAAAUGUUAAGAUCUUUUUCGCAAGAAGAACGGGUGAUCCGUAUCAUCUUGAUAUAGUUCAGCUUCCAAGUUUAAAAUGGCGCACUGCAUUUCUUAAGGCUGGCAGAACGGUGACCUGCUUUACUAUGGCGAGGAGUAGCUUAGUUUUGCCUAAGAUUUUAACAAAAAAAUGAUAGACAAUGUUUAUGUCUCAUAUCUUGUCAAGUUGAUAUUCAACCAUUUGUUGAUUAUUUAGAAUUAAUCAAUAUAGCGAACAUACAGGCAUAUUGUAGUCCUAUGCGUAAAAUACGAUAUUGCAUGGAAUCAUUUCCUUAAUUUUACAAGGAUUACUUUGAGAAUGAAACAUAUAAUGCAACAGAGUAUUUUGAGACUCUUCUGCAUCCUAUACAGCGUUUAAACUGUUCAGAAUUUUAAAAAAAUGAUAGAAACUUCAUUGCACCCAUUUAACCAGGAUUUAGUUUCAUGAAUCCUAUGUAUAAAAUAGGAUGCCACGUGAUUGGAGGGUUUUAAUUCACACUUUUCUGGCUCCAAGCCUCUAAAAAAUUGGUCAAUUGCUACAGUAUUAUCUUAAGUGCAUGCUCCAAUUUUUAGAUUUAAUCAUUUUUCUGUGCAAUUACAGAAAAUGAUCUUUUGUUAACUAAGACAUUUUGAACAUGAACUUACAUUAUUUCAAAAAAGUAUCACAUUUUGAAAAUGUUAUGCCUUAUUUAGUUCAAUUUUUAGGAAAUGCAAUUCAUUUUGACCAGCUCAGCUAGAGUAGUCUUGAAUUUUAAUUCUAAGAAAAUUUUCAGCACUGCAUCUGGGUAUCCUGGUACAUUUUGAUUGCUGACUUCAGAUAUCACAUGGCAGGUAGUUUUUCUUGUUAAAGGUCCAAUAUACUUAGUCUGCAUAAGCUGUACAGAAGAGACGAAUGAGGCGUUAAGGGGACAACUAGAGCUGAUCUAUGGUCAGGUAUCUCCAUAUCUAUACAAAUGAAAGAAAGUUUUUAUACUAGAAUGGAGCUAAACAUGUCUCUGUAUGAACAACGUUUAGUGGACUGUUUUCACUAUUCAUUGUAUUUCUUCUGAUAUAAGAUAUAAGUCAAACAGUGGUUUAUAUUCCUUUGCCAGCAUAGUAUUCCCUUCUACCGGAGCAGUAAUCUUCUAUUGUCGUAAUUCCUUUAUAUAUUUUGCAGAUGCUCGUUAUCUUAACAAAGUCAGUUAAUCGAUGUUUUGAAAGGAAUCCAAAGUUUGACAUGACUCCGUUGCUUGGUGGAACUGAUGACGUAUUCUCAUCACUGAUCCAUGCUUUCAGUUGGUAGGUAUCCUUGUAUUUUUUUUUUGUUAUUUCUACUAUCAUCCCCACAAGUGCAAUGAUUCACCAUUGUAAUUUUUCCGCAGGCUUAGUGCUGCCGAUUACCUUAUGUGUAUAGUUUCUUCCCUUUUUCAAGUUUGAAACACUAGCCUUGUGUAAACAACAGCUGGAAAGUAUUCUUAGUUUCAAUUUGCCGGUUAUUUUUUUAUUCCUUUUUAGAUCAUACCAGUUUUCCAGCGAGCUUCUUUUUAUCUUCAGUCAUCUCCAAUUGUUGCUUUUAAAUUUCCAUCAUCUUAAGGGUUUGGAUGCGCUAAUUUUUCGGGUCUAAUCUAGGAUUUCCUCUCUUCAGUUAGGAAGUGAAAGAUUUACAUUGGAUAUUCCCCCAAAAAAUGGCAGAAUAGAAGUUCCUGGGAAUGAUUUGAUAUAUUGACAUGUCAAUCUGGGCUCGGUUUUGGGGGUGGACUUAGGCUUUGAAUUGAUUUUGCAAUUUUGACUGUCAACCUUCUGUGGAACAGUGACAAUGAUGGGAUUACGAAGCUGAGCCUAGCUGAUGUAAUUGCUCACUGGAGUCUGGUCGAGUACCCCAGUUCAGAUUACCUAUAUUUUCUAAACCUACCCUAUUAAUCAUUUUCAUAAUCUCAAGGUUUUCUUGAACACGGAGCUGCCAUUUUAAUGGGUUUUUGGGGAGAGUGCUUGUAGUGGACAGGUGAAGGAACUUGAUGGGAGCGGGGGACGGGGGGGGGGGUUGUUAUUGAGUAGGGUUUUGCAAUAGGAUGGGAAAAGUGAUUUGCGCUGACUAAUAGAAUGACCUUAGAAAUAGCCAGGACAGUAAAUGUGCCAGAAUAUCCAAAUACCAGAACUUGAGAUUUGAUGCCCAAUUUGAUCCGCGUCAGGUUCUCUAAAGAUACUUGUUUUGUUUCCUUUUGUAGAUCUUACCAUCUUCUUCAGAUUGAUGGUUGUCUUCCCAGAAUUUAUUUAUGGCUGGUAUAGCGAACGGUAUUUCUCACGUGAAAUUUUGUGGUUCAGGCUCCCAAAGGGCGUUUCGGUUUAGAUGGUUGAUUAGGACGGAUAAUUUUCUCUAAGGCAAUCAGGUUCAGUGGUUGUAAUUAGAACGGUUUUCGGUGUUUGUUUAAGAGGUGUCUUUUUGGAAUAAUGGAGCGUAUUUUAACCAGCAGUCCCUUCCAGGAUUGGUGGUUUAUCCCACAAGCGAAGAGGUCGUCUGGGUAUUUAUCAUCGCUUGGAUAAUUAGUUAUCUUCGAUAAGAAAAGGAGCCUUGAAUGUCGCUUAGAAUGAGAUUAUUGUUGGUUCCUUUCCUGGUAGUUUCGUGUACUCGUCAUUCAAAAGUAGGUUAAAAAAAUGUCUGCAUGCACCACCAUGGUAGCAAGAGAAACAAGCAUCAAUUGUUGGUCAACGUUUAGUUCUCUUCUUCAACCAAAAAUUAUACGUUAGUUGCCUUGGUUUAUUAUUUUCACUGGUUAUGCUUAAAUAAUGUGUUCUACUAUUUAGGAGUCCUGCUGUCACGUAAAAUCUAGCAUUCAUUUCACUACCUCAGCGGAUGUUGGCCUUUGUCUACUUGGUUUAACUUUUGCAAGUUUGAUAAUUUCUCUGUUGUGCUUGGACUAACACACACUAAGACCAGCUGAGAUGGGCUUUUUAGAAGGAAUACAUAAUUGUCAGCAGGAUUUCAAGACUGAGUUUUAUGAGUCAGAGCCAUUCACAUUCUCUUCAAUUCUUGAUCUGACACCCAGUCAGCAGCAUCAUGUUGAGCACAAAAGUUCUCUUUACAGUGUUUUAAAAAUUCAAAUUGAAGAUGGGUUUGCUGUUUUAUUAGUCAUUUAAUGAACAUGCAGAUAAAUUGAUUCAUUUUUCAGGAAUCCUGCGACAUUUCUCCAUGCUUAUACAUGCCUUCCUCUUGCAUAUUCGACAAGACAAGCUGCUGGGGCUAUACUGCAAGAUGUUGCUGAUUCUGGAGUCUUGUUUGCAAUUUUGAUGUGCAAGCAUAAGGUGUGUCACGCGAAGCUUAUGUUCUAGACGAUGCAUCUGAUAUAUUUUAUUCGGACGCGAUUGCUUGUUGGAACUAAAUUAGAAUUUAUUCUUGUAGGUUAUCAGCCUUGUAGGAGCUCAGAAGGCAUCUCUCCGUCCUGAUGAUGUGCUCCUGCUUUCAAAUUUUGUAUUGUCAUCUGAAUCUUUUAGGCAAGUUCAUGUUGCUUCUUUAUUUCUUUCUUUAACUUGUUGUAUACUGUCUCAUUCCUCCAUCAGCAUGCUGAAGAACAUAGAGAUCUUUGUUCAAAGCGUAACCGUCUGAUGUGUUCCAUCAUAGUACUCGGUCAUGUUUGACAAAAUUCCGCAGCAUUUACCAUUAUUCAUUUUAUUGAGUGGAUUUUCGUUGAGAUGGUGUUUUAAUAAUCCUUGCCCAAUGAAUGAUCACAACCAGUGUGUGGAUGUAAUUUGCCUGUCUCAGUGCACCUGUAGUCAUAUCCGAGCAAAGUUGAACUCCAAUUCGAGUGCAUGUUGUUCAUGCGCGAAACCAAAAUUCGUUUGUUAUUAAAUAUGCAAUAUAUUCAUUUCAUACUAAAUCAUCUUCUCAGAAACUUUUUAUUUUGCAUUAGUAUUUUCAUUGCAUAUUUUACUUUAUCUUAUGAACAUUUAUUUGUAUAAGUUUAGCAUUAUGUGGACAUAUAUUUCAUCUUAUUUAUCACUUAUUAAAUAAAUACUUUACAAUAAUUUCGCAUAUAUAUUAAAUUAGGUAUCCCUACAAUGCUAGCUAGUUCGUCACCUUGUCACUUAGGCAAUAAGGUGAUGGAAGCAUUGCUUGGUCAUCAUAGAAGCCUUACUUUGAGUUAUAUUGUAUUAAUCCGCGAUUUGUAUCAUAUUUUGGAUACCAGUAGCAGAACGCAAUCAUCACUUCAUAAAAGAGAUUAAAUACAAGUGUGUGAACCUUAAUCUCUCAGAACUAUUCUAUACAUCAACUGAGUUAUACACCAAGAUAGUGUAUACAACACCUUGAAAUAGUAUAUUUAUCCCCUUCUUCAUUACACAGAAGGCUCCUAUCUCUGUGAUAUUUUUUAUAAAUCCAAUUACAAAACCCAACUGCUGAGGAAAUUCCUCUCCCUGCCUCCCUUUUUUUUUAAGUGUAUCAAAUAGCCUAGCGAUUAUGUGAAGGUUGAGCCAAGACAUAGUUAUUUGUCAAAUAACCUCAGUGUUCAGUUGUGGAAGAGAGUACGUGUAUGCCAGUGUCCUUGUUGUGAUAUUCUUGUCCAGGUGUUGCUAGGGCCUAAUGUUUGACCAAAAAGCAUUUAGCAGCAGAGUAGAUCAAAAGAUGUUUACCUUAUCCAUAGCUCAAGUUUUGACACAGUGCCAUAAGUUUGAUCCUCAUAUCUCAACUACUAUCACAGUGAAGGUCAUUUAUAAUUGUCAAGUACAUUGAAGUGUUUCUCAUUAUGAGUGUUUCAACAUAUGGAAAACUGAAGAAUGUUAAAGUUCUAAACAGUGGACCAAGUCAUCAUCCAUCCAUGGUACAAGUCCAUAUUCCUGCGACGAAUUGGAGUCCGAAGUCAAUGAUUCAGCUAGGCGCUGUUUAGUGCAGUUUUUUCACCAGUGUUUAAAUAUCAUCUUUAAAAAAAGAUAUUAUUCAUAUCUGAAAUACUCAGUUGCUUAAACCGUCGCAACUGCGUGGAUGUUAGUCCAAUGAUUAAGUUUAUCACGGGUCGUCAUAUGUUGUUCAGCUUUUUGGAACAAAAAAGGCACAAAUUAAUAGGAAGAUCACUGUGAAAAUCAUUUUUUAUCUCAAAAAUAACUAAUUGUUGCUGUUCAAAUCUGCCAAAGUAACUCACAAAGCUGGGCCGUCAUUUAAUUCUCAGUUGCUAUAAUUGAAGCACUAACUCCUUUCACAUCUGUUUUAAGUUGUUUCACUGAAUUAGGUACAGUCAGUCACAAUAAUUGUUCAAAUUUGUUGAGCAGUUGCUCGUAAAUCUACUGCAAAAUUGUUUUCUUACACAAUCAUAUUCACACUGUGCAGGACCUCUGAAUCAUUUUCUCCAAUUUGCUUGCCACGAUAUAAUCCAAUGGCUUUCCUUUAUGCCUAUAUCCACUUCUUCGAUGUGAGUGAGGUUCAGACUUUAUUACUUGUGUGUUUGGUAUGUUCUUGCUAUAACUCUUUCCUUUCGCUUACAGGUAGAUACAUACUUGAUGUUGCUUACUACGAGUUCAGAAGCAUUCUACCAUCUUAAAGAUUGCAGGUAGAACCUUUCUUAGUAAGAUUGUUGUUUAUGUUUCACAUGAAAGUGUUCAGAAAGGCGUGGAAAGUUGUGGGUCUUUAAUUUUGUCUUUAUUUCGGGUUCCAAUCCGAUAGAUUGUUCAUUCUUGUAAUAUCCUUUUAAUUUUUUCUAGUUUGGUCAUUUUGUACAUGAUGCUUCCUCUUUCACGAAAGUUUACACAAGUUUUCUUAGCUACAUUUUUUUCUUUUACCUUUUUAUGAAAAAAAGAUGAUUUUGGAUUCAAGUUCUAGCCUAGGAAUCUUAUGGACUACCAUGCAUUUAGCGUAACCUCUUGUUUGGUCUUCUCUCAUAUUAUCCUGCAUGUAUACGGUCCAAUUUUUUUCCUAUACUUUUUUCUACAGGUAUAUUAUUUUUUGCCCACUUUUCUCGGCUUGUGUCCUGAGCUGUCACACCCACGUCACACCCACCUUUCCUUUAUCUGCCUUCUUGAAUACCUGAUUCAAAUGCAUAGUACAGUGGCUAAAUAGGAAUAGUUUCCUAUGUUAAUGGACAGGGUUCGCAUUGAAAGGGUCCUUGUGACAUCCAAUGUGCUCAGUGAAGUACAACGGUCCUUGCUAGAUGGUGGUCUGCAUGUUGAGGACUUGCCUGUUGAUUCGUCUUCUCAUUCUGGAUCAUCAUCUUCUCGGCUGAGUCAGGACGGCCUGACCUCUGCCGCUCCAGGGAGAGUCCGAGAAGGAUACACUGGUAUUGGUGGCCCAUCUGGGCUUUGGCACUUCAUAUAUAGAAGUAUUUAUCUGGAUCAAUAUGUCUCAUCAGAGUUUUCACCACCUCUAAACAGUGCCAGUCGGCAGAAAUGGUAUUGAUAUUAGGCCCGCUAAAAGUUCAUUUCUAUUUUUUAGUUAUUUAGAUCACAAAAAUUCUCCUCUGCAGGUUAUAUAGAGCUUAUCAAAGAUUAUAUGCGUCUAUGCAUGACAAAGGAAGUGGACCACAUAAGAAACAGUUCAGACGAGAUGAAAAUUAUGGUAUGAAGUAUAUAAUUCUCAGUUCAUGUUUGCAUGUGGCUUGGAAUUCAUUUUAACGAUACAUUUCUGAAGAUCAUAUCAUAGAUAUUUCAACAUGUUGCCUGGUUUAUGUGUUAAUCUUGUGUAAUAUUCCUCAUUAUCCAUUUUUGCAAUAAUUCUUGGUGGCAUGUGAAAUAACUAUUGUACUCUCUUAAAAUUCAUUUAGGUAACCUGCAAUCUUUUAGGUCUUCAUGCGUCCAAAGUUUUUUUGUAUUUUUAAUGCUUAUUAACUUUUUCCAAAUCUUCCCCACUUCCAAGUCAUUGAGAGUUUAUCAUUGUAUUAAAAAGCUAAUAUAACAGCUGCUGGUAAUUAUGUAGCUUAUUUGAGAAUUAAAACAGAGAAAAUUAGAUGAUUAUAAAAUCUCAUAGAUCGUGUAAAUAAUGUAGUAACAGAAAUGGGCUCUAUACAGGCGGUAAGCUAGGUCAGUUGAAUUCAACUUUGAAGCACCUGCAAUGGGAUGAUAUAUUUUUGGCUAUUUUAUUCUAAUAUUGCAUACCUUAUCUCCUUUCAGCUUUCCAUGUCUCACGCUUACAAAUAAAUGUAGUAACCAAUUUAAUAAGAGGGAGAGAUCUAAAAUUGUAUGGAGCCUAUUUUAAGUAUCAUCCCAGUCUGUUUGAAGAUCGCAUAGUUUAAGCUCUUCCAGAGGAAAAUAAGAGUCUUUAUGAGACUACCUGUCCUUAUGAUCUCAAGGGUUCAUCCCAACAUUUAUGACUCAUGCAAAAACAGGGGGGGGGAAAAAAAAAAAGGCUACAAGUUUAAUGAUCAUUAGUCCUUAAGAUAUCAUCUCUUCUGUUUCAGGAAGAAUCUGACAAUGUAUGAGGGAUUUGUGAUCUUUAAGUUUGUGCGGUUAUGAUUCUCUGCCGGAAAUGCUGGCAUUAGUUUAUAACAUGCAAGAAAAUAUAAAAAAUAUUGGGACCGAGUUAGGAAAUUUGUGUGAUUCUACUUUGAUGAGAUUGUCAUAAACAAAGGUUUUGUUGGAAGAAAUCAAAGAUGUCUCCAAGCCUUGGGUUUCUUUGAUGAACGUUUCUCAUUCCAUGUCAAUUUUAGCCCAGCCAUUUGUGAACUCAUGCUGAUUGCACAUCACAUCGUAUAAUUUUCGUAAUCCACUUGGAUUAUGUUUGAUUAUUUGCUAUCUUGCAGUUAUGCUGUGCUGGAUCACCCAAGACUUCGAGCUUUAUGCUGCCUUCGAUCCUCUAGCAGACAAGGUUCGUCACUACUAGCUCAUUCUGCUUUUGCCUUGAUGAGCAUGACUAUGAACCACGUGGUUGACUUUUUGGAGUAUCCUCUUGUCGAUGGUUUCUGCUCCUGGAAAGACUAUUUCAGAUCAAUCUGGACACAGAUGGGUCUGAAGUUAAACCAGUCACCCCGCGGUGCCUGCUCUAAUAUUUCAUCCGUCCUAUUUUUUUUUUCAACAAGAUAAGCAUGUCUAUGAACCACGUGGUUGACUGUUUGAAGCUCCCUCCCGCUCUUGUUCCAAUCGGCUCUUUUAGGCAUUUAGGUGUUCAUAGUGGGCUAGGAUUCUUGUCGUGCCUGUAACCUUCCCGGAAUGUUUUACCAGAAAAAAAUGAGCCAGCCUGAGUAUCGGUGCAGAUUAGUGGUUUGACUUUUUGAAAUCUCUCCAGGGUGUCUCAAUUGACUUUUUUAGACAUAUUUCAGGCAUUCAUCUGGAUCCCUUUCGUAGGCUUGGAAUGUUUUACCAGAAAAAUGAGCCAACCUGCAGUCACUCUAAUUUUUUUAUUUUUUUUUUACACGAUUGAGUAUCGGUAUAGACUAUGGGUUUUGACUUUUAGAGAUCUCUCCAGCGUGUGUUUCAAUUGACUUUUUUAGACAUAUUCAGACAGUCAUCUGGAUCCCUUUCGUAGGCUUGGAAUGAUUUACCAGGAAAAAUGAGCCAAUCUGCAGUCACUCUAAAUUUUUAUUUUUUAUUUUUACAAGAAUGAGUAUCGGUAUAGACUGUGGGUUUGACUUUCAGAAAUCUCUCCAUCGUGUGUUUCAAUUGACUUUCUUAGACAUAUUCAGACACUCAUUUGGAUCCUUUUCAUAGGCUUGGAAAAGAAAUACCAAAUUGGGUAAGGAUUGUUAUCAUGCCUCCGAUAUUUAUCUUGGAAUCUCUUGCAGGCUUUGGCGAUAAAGACCUGCGACAGGGUCUGUCAUUGGAUCAGAGAUAUGGAAAACGAGGUGUUCUUGCUGGGAGCUAGCCCUUUCUCAUGGUGA